AUGUCUAACGGUACUGUGAAUGGGACCGGCACUCAGCCAACCAGAUCGCAACAAUCUGGGUCGUCCUCUUCUACCGCUCCGGCUACGAGCAACACUUCCAAUGCACAGGCGAGCAACGAACCGGCUCAGCCCUACACUGGCAUGAUUGCCUGCAAUGGCACGUUCGACGUCCCGAUGAGAUCGGAACCUGUGGCUCGGUCGCGCUCAAGCUCCACGGCCGUCAAUCUUGAAUGUGGCUGCGACUCUCAUACCAGUCGACUAUGCUCUCAGUCGUAA